AUGGAGGGUGCACGGGUGACGUCCGAUCACUUUCAGAGUGUGAAACAUCAGUCCUGCGGCCGUAUGGACCGGCUCUACAGGCCCAGGAACGACCGCCGUCCAAACGGCACCAAGGAAAGCCAUGAGCCGGGCUCGUCCGUUCCUCUGCACAGAAGAGACCAGAGCUGGUCCAAGGACUCGAUUAAUGAGCCAAAGAGUAAAGCUGCUGUACCGUUAGCUUGGUGCGAGACGCCAAAACUGGUCAAAAAGGACGCGUCGCUCCGCAGGCGCCUGCUCGUGUCCUGCUCCUCGUCCGACGGGAGUAAGAGCGACUCCGCAACACCUGGAGACAACUCCAGAGAUCACCUGACCCGCGGAGACCACGAGAGCUUCGGCUCUCCAGACCUCAGCCCAACCGGGCCUUUGACUUACAGCACUUUAAAAGCAGAAGACUUGGUUUUCUCCUGUCUUCGGUUCUCCCAGGCGAUCACGUCCACCCUGGAGACCGGCAGGAGCGGCGGCGUCCACAUGAGCCCAAUGCCGUUUCAGAACCAGGCCAUCGCUGAACCCGAUCUCGAUGAAAGCAUCAUAGCUGGUCUUCCUAGCUCUCCACAGACCAGCGACUUCACGCCGCUGAACGCAGAGGCCUUCCGGUCGCCCGUGAGAGCAGGAAAGCCUGUCCUGGACACGUCCUCGCUCACGCCUGCCUCCGAGGACAGCGGCUUCAGCUCUCUGGGUCUGGAUAAAUCGCACGACUCCUCGGUGGACCACGACGGCUCCUUCCAGGAGCUGGUGCUUCCGACGAGCUCGUGCGGGAAAGACAAGAGACGCUCGCGGCUGGAGAGACAGCGCAGACUGUCCACGCUCCGAGAGGGAGGCUCGCAGUCGGAGGACGGGCCCAAGAGCCAGCGGACGGAGCCUCGUGCCAGUAAAGACGAGGUGUUUUUGGACGGGACGCCGCUGACCGUGGCUACCCUGAGGAUGCAGGACCUGUCUCUGAUUCCAGCGCUGCAGGUCGUCCACGCCAUUAGCCGUCAGCAGACCAGUUUAGAGGAGCUGCUCCGCGUGUCGGAGGACGACGGAACCAGCCUGCCGCUCUCGGGACUCAUCGGACGCAAAAUGGGCCUCGAAAAGGUGGACGUCAUCUCAGAGCUGAGGAUGAGAAACCUGAGGCACGUACUGGCUGCUAUCUUGUGUCUCCUGUCUGCAGCUGACCUCUACAGGUUUGGCCAGGUGUCUGACGACUGGAACAACAUCGUCUCAGAAGAUAAGAGAGCUGCUCACAGGAGAAGAAGCCACAUUAGAGAGCUCAAGAUCGCACUGGAGUGGAACAUGGGAGAUAAUUUGAAGAAUGUUGGUUCCCAAACAGUUUUGGUUCUCAUUGGCUUCCACUCAGAUGAAACCAAAUGCAUGCAGGUUUGA